AUGCCCAAAAAGUCAACAGAAAACAUCGAUAUUGAAAAAUUAUAUGAUAAGUCCUCAUAUGGUAAGGGAAAACUGCCCCCACCACAAGUUCAAGUAGCCACUGCUACAGAAUUCCACGAUGAAAUUGCUAGUUAUUCACUGGAAGAACCGACCGAACGACCCAUUGAUUACGUUUUAGUUUAUAAAGAUUGUGACGAUCCAAGCAAUCCAAGAGAAGUAGAAAGAGCUGAACAGAGACAAAUUUUCGAAGAGAGACUACAAGAAGAUGGUUUACAAGUAACGUAUGAGAAAGUUUUACAUCUCAAUUUUGUUAAAAUCUAUUGCCCUUUUAAAAGGAUGGGUAAAGAAGCGGAAAAAGUCAAUUACGAAAUGGAUCUAGCAGGAAUACAGUUAAAAAAAUAUGAUUUCUGUUGGUUAAUCAACUCAUUACCGUUACAAAUCAAUGAGGAACCAAAAGGUUGCAUUGGUAGGCUCUUCCGUACUGAUGAACAAGUGGAUUAUGUUAGCGCUCCAUUUGUAUGGAAUAAGAGGCAAGCCUUCGAAGGAGUCGAAAAAUCAAGAUCCUUCUUUCGCAAUUCUGUUCGUUCAUUACUGGUCCAUAAUAUAUUGAUUAAUACGGACAUCCGUCAAGGAGCUGAUACAGAAGACAAGAUAAAUUGCCGGGGCCUAUUAUAUUUAAUCAUGCAAAAAGCAUAUUCGGAUGCAUUCGUCUUGCAUAAUCCAUUCGUUAAUGGUAAAAAGGUCGCGAGUAAAAUAGGAAAUACUGAGCGUGAAGAAUUAUAUCGUUCAUGGGGAAGUUGUUUCCAAUUUCAGCCAUUAUGGAGAAUUCGCAAUUAUUUUGGUGAAAAGAUUGCCCUCUACUUUGCUUGGCUAGGAUUGUUAAUUUCAUCAUUAUUUAUACCCAUGCUCUUUGGCGCUGGAUGCAUGAUUUACGGUCUAUACUUUAGCUACAUAGCGCAGUACAAAAAUGGUACAAAUCUUGAUUACACUUGGUUAAGUAAAGCUUGCGAUAAUGAAGUUACCCCUUAUUAUGGAUUAGUAGUUUGCAUCUGGGGUACAAUCUUUGUUGAAAUGUGGAAACGAAAGUGCGCGACAUUAGCCUACAAAUGGGAUGUCAACAAUUAUGAGUUACAGGAACCAAAUCGGCCUGAAUUUUAUGGAACUAAGCUUGCUAAGGAUCCGGUAACUGGCGUUGAAACUCCAAUUUAUCCAAUAUCGAAGAGAAUUAUGAAACUUCUUGCAUCUGGAGUUUGUCUACUUUUUAUGGUUUUCUUGGUUAUUGCUAGUGUUACAGCUGUUAUUGCCUUCCGUGUCAUUCUGAAAAUUAAUAGCCAGCUAAAUUUUCAGUAUAGCAAUUGGUUUUUCUCCAUAACUUCAAGCUUAUUGAACACUAUUUCUAUUAUGAUCCUAGGACGAAUUUAUUCAAAAAUUGCAAAAUGGUUGAACGAUUGGGAGAAUUAUCGUACUCAAACAGAAUAUGAUGAUUCGUUAAUUCUAAAGACAUUUGCCUUUCAAUUUGUCAACUCUUAUACUUCACUUUUCUAUAUUGCAUUUUUUCGCAAGGACAUUCAGAGAGCUGGACUGUUCAAUUUAGGCACUCAAUAUCGCGAUUCUUGUGGUACUGAUGAUGAUUGCAUGUCACUAUUGACGAUACAAGUGGCAGUAUUACUCAUAGUUAAGCCGAUGCCAAAAUUCUUCCGAGAUAUAAUAUUGCCAUGGCUAAAGCAAAUUUUUAUCAACAAAUGUACCAAGAAAGGAAGCGAUAUUCAUCCAGAAGUAGAAGAAAAUGCUCUUGCAAAAGAAUAUUAUUUAUAUAAAACAGAAGAUUUUACAAUGUCCGAAUAUACUGAAAAAAUUCUUAUGUAUGGAUAUCUUAUGCUAUUUGCUACUGCAUUUCCACUGGCUCCAUUACUAGCUAUACUAAUCAUGUCUGUAGACAUGAGAAUUGACUGUCGGCGUUUAUUGCAUUACGAUCGCCGUUUACUUGCUAAUCGGGCUCAGCAUAUUGGAAUGUGGAUGCCGAUUUUGAACUUUUUGAACAUUGCUGGAGUGGUCAGUAAUGCUUUCUUAAUCGCUUUUACCUCAUCAUUUGCCACAUAUAUCAAUAUCCAAACUGCUAGUGAUCGAGCCUUGUGGAUUGUUGUCGCCUUUGAGGAACGCUAUCAAGUAGAGCGCAUCAUGGCUUCGACUAGUGCUAUUAAUGAUGAUGAAAUUCCGGUACCCAAUGUCAUGCCGCAAGGAAAUAAUAAUGAUGUCGUUUAA